AUUUGGACUUGAAACCAAAGAAAAUUACGGUUAUAGUCUCUGAUCACACACAGAAAACUUUAUCAAACACAUACUCUCUCUCUCUUGAAAACUAAUUUAAGAUUCUCGAAGCUUCUUCUUUUCUACUGAUAUGGAUGUUAUUGUUAUUGUUAUAAUAAUUAUAACUGAAUUGGUGAACAAGAUCAUUUCACUUUUCUGUUACAAUUCAACAUGGCAGGUUUCUUCUCUCUAAGCAGUGGAAGAGGAAAAGAAGAAGCUAGAGAGCAAGAAGAAAAUAAUAAUAACAGUGGAAACACUAAUAAUAAUCAGUUUCUCUUCCGAAACGAAGAGAUCUACAACAAAGGAUUCGAGAUAUGGCCGCAACCACAACCACAUCAAACUUCUUUUCAUCAUCAACAAAAUCUUAACAACUUUUACUCCUUCGGUGUCGGAGGUGGAGGUAGUACUAGUCGAAGAAACGAAAACAAUUUAAACGACGACGUUUCCGUUUCGUUUUCUGAUGAAUCAACUAGAUUUGGAUUAACAGUGAUGAGGUCUUCCGGCAGUGGUUUAAGCGGCGGCGGAAUGAACUGUCAAGAUUGCGGCAACCAAGCGAAGAAAGACUGUCCUCAUCUUAGAUGCAGAACUUGUUGCAAGAGUCGAGGGUUUCAGUGUCAAACUCAUGUGAAAAGUACUUGGGUUCCCGCCGCGAAACGCCGUGAACGGCAGCAUCAGCUUUCAUCUUUGCAGCAACAAAAUCAGCAACAGCAACAGUUUCAUUCUUCAAGACGACACAGAGAAAAUCCAAACGAAUCUUCUGCAGCAGGAGCUUCUGGUUCUCUUGCUUGUACUCCAAUACCUAUCACUACAACAGGGUUGGAGCUGGGGAAUUUUCCACCGGAGCUGAAUUCACCGGCGGUGUUCCGGUGUGUGAAGGUGAGUGCAAUGGAUGCACAAGACGAGCGUUACGCUUAUCAAACUGCUGUGAACAUAGGCGGACGAGUUUUCAAGGGAAUUCUCUAUGAUCAAGGACUUGAAGUUAAUUACACUAGUGCAAAUGCCGGUGGUGAGGGUUCUUCUGGCGGUGGUGGCGGCGGCGGUGAAGGAAAUCAACAGAAUCUGAUAACAACCACCGCAACAAAUGUUAACAAUCCAUUUGAAUACUCAUCUCUUUAUCCAGCUCCUCUUAAUGCUUUCAUGGCUGGUACGCAAUUCUUCCCACCUCCGAGAUCCUAAAGACGUAACGUAAUCCUUCUAUCUAUAAUCUAUUUCAAUAAUUAUUUGAAUUCAAACCAUUAAGUAUAUGUUAAUUUUAUGUAUCAAUGUUAAUUUCUAUGCUUUAAUUUUGAUCAACAUUAUGAGCUGUGAAGUAGCAGUAUACUAAGCUACUAGCUAUAUAGAGUACUAUAGUUAUGUGUUCUUACAAAUGAUUAUAACGAUGAUGAUUAUUCAGUGUGCACGAAAUUAAAGGGUGCUAGAAGAAUGUUUAGUUUGUUUUGUCCAAUCCAAAAUCUCAGUUCAGAUUUUCAUGUUAUA